AUGGCGAAUGAGAAUAUGCUUCCAGCCCAAGAGGCUGCCAAAAUCUACCAUACCAAUUAUGUGAGAAAUGCCAGGGCCAUCGGUGUCUUGUGGGCCGUUUUCACCAUAUGCUUCGCCAUCAUUACCGUGGUGGUCUUCAUUCAGCCCUACUGGAUUGGUGAUAGUGUUAACACCCCGCAGGCUGGAUACUUUGGGCUUUUUCACUAUUGUAUUGGCAACCCUAUCACCUCCGAAUUGGUCUGCAAAGGAAGCGUGUUUGAUUUUGGUUCGAUCCCCUCCGGGGCUUUCAGGACUGCUAUGUUUUUUGUAGGCACCUCAAUGCUCCUUAUCGUAGGCACCAUUGUGUGCUUGGGUCUUUUCUUCUUCUGCAACUCUGCAAGUGUGUACAAGAUAUGCGCAUGGAUGCAAACAUCUUCAGCUGUGUUGAUGGUGAUGGGUUGUAUGAUUUAUCCGGACGGCUGGGAUGCUCCGGAGGUGAAGCGGAUGUGUGGUGAGAGGACAGACAAGUACACGCUGGGGAACUGCACCGUUCGCUGGGCUUAUAUUCUAGGCAUUAUCAGCAUCCUGGACUCAGGGUUACUGGCACUGCUUGCUUUCACUCUGGGCAACCGGCAAGACAAACUGCUGCCAGAUGACUUCGAGGUGGAGGGUAACGAUAAAGCCUGAAUCCAAAACAUCUGAACUGCAGUGGAUAUGGAACUGGACAUUCAUUGUAAAAGAAAUUAUAAAAAAUUAGCAUCCCAGA